AUGCGUAACCGUAAGGCCAAUACCGUCGCUAACAUACUAGACAGGGUGUUCUUGGAACAUGGGAGUCCCGCAGCACUACUCACCGACCAUGACCGUACUAUACUAUCUAGUGAAGCCGUUAAACUGGUAUUGGCACGACAUGGCACUAAACACUAUAGGUUGUACACCUACUACAAGACCAUCUUCCUCAGUGUCAUCACUCGUGAAGCUACUAAUGCUGGAGACUACGAUACCCUUGUCGAACUCAAGUCACUAGGAGAAGUCUUGUCUACUGCAUACUACAAGCAUGAGUUCUUUAUUCAACUAUUGGCCGCUGAUACUACUGAGGAUCUGGUCCGUAUCGAAGCACUACGUAUCUGUGAGCUAGAGUGCUACUACGGUUCUUCCGGUGAAGUCGAUACUAGUAUGACGAACUAG